AUGGCAGCUGGGGGUAGCUCCGCUGUGACUAUUGCGAGCAGCUGGUUCACGCUCUGCACGGCUGCCGUCAUCCCUCUUUAUACGCUCAUGAUCUUCGCGCCAGACUGGCACGUGACUGAGAAGAUCAUGAGCAGCUCGCUACCGAGCAUUCUCCUCGCCUUCACGGAGAAGAUCAUGAGCAGCUCGCUGCCGAGCAUUCUCCUGGGCUUCGUGUACCUCUACCUGCUCUACAAGUCGUGGACGCCCAACACGCUGCUCUACAUGUUCUCCUCCAAAUACUGGCUGCCCGAGCUAGCAGGCAUCACUCAGAUGUUCGCCAGCACGCUCACUGUUGCCUCCGCCUGGAUCCACCUGCUGGCCGUUGAUCUCUUUGCCGCCAGGCACGUGUAUCUGGACGGAUUGAAGCAGAAGCUGGAGACGCGGCACUCGCUCGUGCUCUGCCUCAUGUUUGGCCCUCUGGGCAUCGCCGCUCACUCCCUCACCAAAACCAUUGCGCAGAUCUUUCGUCGCUCCAGGAGAAGUCGCAACGCUUCGCGGACUGUACAGGACAUUCCCUCGCCUCCGUGA